AUAUGAAUCCAAAAAUAAAUAAACUAUCUAUCUACUUUAGCGUCAGCAUACCAAGUUAGUAAGUCAUUUGAUAUUAAACAGCUGUACUUUGAGUGAACUUGUCAGAAUAUUUUGUUAGAAUAUAUCUGCCCUCCCACCUCUGAUCUUCUGUUAUAAUGAGGCAGUGAGGCAGUUGAUGUAUCUUUUCUAACAGCACUCAUCAUGGUAAACACACAGCAGGCCGCAGCAUCUAUGCCACGUUCGCAAGCUGUGGAUUUACAGGAAGCUCUACGGAAGAAUGGCAUCCAACAAGAUUUACACAAGAGCAAGAAGAAAGAUGAAAGCACAAAUAUAUUGCCUUAUUACAAGCUUUUCUCCUUUGCUGACUCUACAGAUUACCUACUAAUGUUUGUGGGUGCAAUUGCUUCUGCUGGAAAUGGAAUCUGUAUGCCCCUUAUGACUGUUGUCUUUGGAGAUGUAGUAAAUGCAUUUGGAGAUAAUAGUGUGAACACCAGUGCAGUGCUUCACGAAGUUUCCAAGGUGUCUCUAAAGUUUGUAUACUUGGCUCUAGGGUCAGGUGUUGCCGGAUCUCUUCAAGUGGCUUGUUGGAUGGUCACUGGCGAGAGACAGGCAGCACGAAUUAGAAGUUUAUACUUGAAGGCAAUUCUGAGGCAAGAAAUCGGCUUUUUUGACAAGGAAACUAACACUGGAGAAACUGUUGCGAGGAUGUCGGGUGAUGCUGUCCUUAUCCAAGAUGCCAUGGGUGAGAAGGUUGGAAAAUUUCUGCAGCUAAUUCUGACAUUCAUUUCAGGUUUUGUCAUAGCUUUUAUCAGGGGAUGGAAACUUACCCUGAUAAUGUUAUCUUCUAUUCCUCCUCUGGUUUUUUCUGGUGCACUCAUGGCCAUUUAUAUAUCGAAGCUGGCAUCCCGUGGACAAACUGCUUAUUCUCUUGCUGCAACUGUCGUGGACCAAACAAUUGGUUCAAUCAGAACUGUUGCAUCAUUUACUGGGGAGAAACAGGCCAUAGCUAGAUACAACAAUUGUUUGACCAAAGCUUGCAAGUCCGGUGUGCAAGAAAGCUUGGCUGCAGGGUUUGGUUUUGGUUUGGUUACAUUUAUUGUAUUUUCCUACUAUGCACUGGUUGUAUGGUACGGAGCAAAACUGGUGCUUAAUGAAGGAUAUAAAGGAGGGGACAUCAUUAAUAUUGUUUUUGUGGUGUUGACUGGAUCUUUGUCUCUAGGGCAGGCAUCUCCUUGCUUGACUGCAUUUGCCGCCGGACAAGCAGCAGCUUUUAAAAUGUUUGAGAUAAUUGGUAGGAAGCCACUGAUAGAAUCUUGUGACACCAAUGGGAGGACACUGGAUGAUAUUCAUGGAGACAUAGAGUUAAAAGAUAUUUGUUUUAGUUAUCCUGCUAGACCAGAAGAGCAGAUAUUGGGUGGAUUUUCUCUGUAUAUACCUAGCGGCACAACUGCAGCUUUGGUUGGAGAGAGUGGAAGCGGGAAAUCUACAGUUAUCAGUUUGAUUGAGAGAUUUUAUGAUCCACUGGCUGGAGAAGUUCUAAUUGAUAGAAUAAACCUUAAAGAGUUCCAGCUAAAAUGGAUCAGACAAAAAAUUGGCCUCGUCAGCCAGGAACCUGCACUGCUCACUUGUAGCAUUAAAGAGAACAUUGCCUAUGGUAAGGAGGGUGCAAGUACUGAGGAAGUCAGGGCUGCUGCUGAGCUUGCCAAUGCUGCUAAGUUUAUAGAUAAACUACCUCAGGGGUUCGACACGAUGGUCGGCGAGCAUGGUACUCAGCUAUCUGGGGGCCAGAAGCAGAGAGUUGCUUUAGCUAGAGCCAUUCUUAAAAACCCAAGAAUUCUACUUCUAGAUGAAGCCACAAGUGCUCUUGAUACAGAAUCCGAAAGAAUUGUGCAGGAGGCAUUGGACAAGGUCAUGGUCAAUCGUACUACAGUUAUUAUAGCCCAUAGAUUAAGUACAGUAAGGAAUGCAGACACAAUUUCUGUUAUCCACCGAGGGAAGAUUGUUGAACAAGGUUGCCACUCUGAGCUAACCAAGGAUCCUGAUGGAGCAUAUUCCCAGCUAAUAAGAACGCAGGAAAUUGGCAGAGUUUCAGAAUGUAGUGGUCUGAAUGAGCUAGAGAGGCCAGAAAUCACGGUCGAUUCUGGAAGACAUUCUAGCCAACAUUUUUCUUUCUUACGAACCUUAAGCCGUGGGUCAUCUGGAAUCGGAAACAGUAGCCGUCACUCUUUCUCAGUUCCAAUUGGUUUGCCGCUUGGAAUGAAUGUCCCAGAUUCAUCACCAGCAGAACCCUAUCCUCUUGCCUCAGCAUCAUUGCCACCGCCUUCAAAAAUCCCACUUCAUCGCUUAGCCCAUCUUAAUAGGCCAGAAAUCCCAGUCUUACUGCUAGGUUCUGCGGCUGCAGCAGCCAACGGUGUGGUGAUGCCCUUUUUUGGUGUACUGGUGUCCAGUAUGAUCAAAACUUUCUUUGAGCCAGCAGAUAAACUCCAAAAGGAUUCAAGACUUUGGGCAUUCAUGUUUCUUGGACUGGCUUCAUUGUCUUUAUUGGCUUAUCCUUUGAGGUCAUUCUUUUUUGCAGUGGCUGGGUGUAAAUUGAUUAAAAGGAUCAGAUCGAUGUGCUUCGAAAAAGUUGUUUACAUGGAAGUAAGCUGGUUUGAUAAAGCUGAGCACUCAAGUGGUGCAAUUGGAGCAAAGCUUUCAGCAGAUGCUACUUCAGUGAGUAGUCUGGUUGGAGAUACGCUUGGUCUGCUAGUUCAAAACAUUGCGACAGCAAUUGCUGGUUUAGUAAUUGCUUUUGAAGCAAACUGGCAAUUGGCUUGCAUCAUUCUUCUCUUGCUACCUCUUCUAGGACUCAAUGGAUAUCUUCAGAUGAAAUUCAUUGAAGGUUUCAGUGCAGAUGCAAAUAAUAUAUACGAGGAAGCAAGUCAAGUUGCAAAUGAUGCAGUAGGGAUUAUUCGGACUGUCGCUUCUUUCUGUGCUGAAGAGAAGGUGAUGGAACUUUACGAAAGGAAAUGCCAAGGCCCUGUGAAGAGAGGAAUAAGGGAAGGUUUGAUAAGUGGGUUCGGGUUUGGACUGUCCUUCCUCUUGCUUUACUCUGUGUAUGCUACCAGUUUUUAUGCUGGAGCCCGACUUGUUGAGGCUGGAGAUACAACAUAUGUUGAGGUUUUCCGAGUGUUCUGUGCUCUCACCAUGGCAGCUCUUGGAGUUUCUCAAACGAGCUCCCUUGCUCCUGAUGCCAGCAAAGCAAACCGUGCUGCAGCUUCUGUGUUUGCGAUUCUUGACCAGAAAUCAAAAAUAGACUCCAGUGAUGAUUCUGGAACGGUAAUAGAACAUCUUAAAGGAGAUAUUGAGCUUCGACACGUCAGUUUCAGAUAUCCCACAAGACCUGAAAUACAAAUUUUCAGGGAUUUAUCUUUGGCUAUUCAUGCUGGCAAGACAGUUGCUCUGGUUGGAGAAAGUGGUAGUGGGAAGUCAACGGUGAUCUCGUUGUUGCAAAGGUUUUACGACCCAGAUUCAGGAUGCAUAACACUAGAUGGGAUAGAAAUUCAGAAGCUAAAACUGAAGUGGUUAAGACAGCAAAUGGGGCUGGUCGGGCAGGAGCCUGUGUUAUUCAAUGACAGUAUCAGAGCCAACAUAGAAUAUGGAAAGGAAGGAAACGCAACAGAAGCUGAAAUAGUAGCAGCAUCAGUACUGGCAAAUGCCCACGACUUCAUAAGUGGGUUACAACAGGGGUAUGAUACGAGAGUGGGUGAAAGGGGGAUCCAGUUGUCCGGUGGACAGAAGCAACGGGUGGCAAUUGCAAGAGCUAUAGUGAAGGCGCCAAAAAUCCUACUGCUAGAUGAAGCAACUAGUGCGCUGGAUGCAGAAUCUGAAAGAGUAGUGCAAGAAGCAGUAGAUCGAGCUAUGGUGAACAGGACGACAGUAGUGGUUGCGCAUAGGAUAUCGACAAUAAGAAAUGCAGAUGUAAUUGCAGUUGUUAAGAAUGGAGGGAUUGCAGAGAAAGGCAAGCACGAGACGCUGAUGAAUAUGAAGGAUGGUAUUUAUGCUUCCAUUGUGGCAUUACACACACGUGACGGUGUCCAUUGAGCUUCUAGGGAGCAUUAGGGCUGGUUAUGAAUUGAUGAGCUUGUAAAAAUGUAAACAGGAGAUUAUGGUGGUGCCUCACACCAUUCCCACAACUCGUCUUCUUCAGUUUAUUCUCAUUUUUAUAUGUUACACAAUAAUGCUUUAAAAUUGGGCUGAGAAAAUGUUGAAGUGGGAGGUACAGUUCUGUGACCGAGCCCAGCAACUGUGAAUUAGGGAAGCGAACUCUUUAUUUAUUGUCAUUGACCUUCAAGUGACUUCGCAUGAAACCAACCGUAAA